UAUCCCGUGUCUACCUGACUCUUAACCUCUUCAACAAUUAACUGGCCGAUGUCCUCCGCAAUAAUUUCAAUCUCCUGGGAGGUGUGAGAUUGCAGCAGUUCAUACUCAGAGUCCAUCACAUCAUUCAGAAGAGGGAUAGCUGAUUCCAGUCCACCCUCCAACACAGUAGGUGGCGGUCAUUCAUCUUAACGCUGGCUGCCACCCGCCGUAAAACCAACGAAGAAGACAAAAAAGAAGCCAUGCAGCGGAAGUAAACAGUACAGGCACUAUUAGCGUUAGCUCAGCUCUCUGGAUGUAUGAAACUAGCAGGGAGACGAGGUUGUAGUCGUUGCGUGGAUGAAUAUUUGACUUCUAGUUAAGCAACAAUGUCUUCAGUUGAGUGUUUGAGAGAGUUUGUCAACGAGCGACUAAAUGCUGUUGCUGAAGAAAUAUUCGGAGUUUUCCAAGAAGCUGUCGUCGAGUACGAGGCAGAGAUCGAUCGUCAGCGCAGACUGCUGGAUGUCGUUUGGAAACCCGAAAUAAAGUUACACAGGAUAGAGCUCCCACAGCAACAUGUCUGUAAGGAGGAGGAGGUCCUCUCUGACCAGCAGCUCUGUAUUCAGGAGAGGAACUCCAGUCUGGACCAAGAGGACCCAGAGCCUCCACAGAUUAAAGAGGAGCAGGAGGAACUCUGCACCAGUCAGGAGGGAGAGCAGCUUGUACUGAAGCAGGAGACUGAUACCUUUAUGUUGACUCCUACUGAUGAGGAAAGUGACCACCAGCUCCUCUCUCACAACUCUCAUGUAGCUGAGAGCCAAGAUCAGAAAGGAGGCAAGCAUGGAGACUCAGGCUCAACUAGAACUGCAGAGCCAAAUCAACAGAGUCUACAUCGCGAAAGCACAAGUCACAGUAACAAUGUAGACAACCCUCACCUGUCAGAGAUGCACUGUGAUACUCACACAGGUAAACAGCCUUUCAAAUGUGACACAUGUGGAAAAUACUUUCAGUAUAAAUCAAAACUAGAGAGACAUCUGACAAUCCACACAGGAGCGAAGCGCUUUGCAUGCAAAACAUGUGGGAGAGCUUUCAGACAUAAUGAUCACUUGAAAGAGCACAUGAUAACCCACACAGGUGAGAAGCCAUAUUCUUGCAAAACAUGUGGGAAAAGAUUUACUCAGAAAUCAACAUUGAAUUCUCAUAUAAGAAUCCACACAAGGGAGAAGCUGUUUGCAUGCAAAACAUGUGGGAGAGCUUUCUCAUAUAAUUGUGACUUGACAGUACACAUGAGAAUCCACACAGGGGAGAAGCUGUUUGCAUGCAAAACAUGUGGGAAAGCUUUUACAAUUCGUAGUAACUUGACACGCCACAUCAGAUGCCACACAGGAGAGAAGCCAUAUUCCUGCAACACGUGUGGGAAAAUAUUUACUCAGAAAUCAUCAUUGAACUCUCAUAUAAGAAUCCACACACAGGAGAAGCCGUUUGCAUGCAAAACAUGUGGGAGAGCUUUCAGAGAUAGUAAGCACUUGACAUGCCACAUGAGAACCCACACAGGUGAGAAGCCGUUUGCAUGCAAAACAUGUGGGAGAGCUUUCAGAGAUAGUAAGCACUUGACAUGCCACAUGAGAACCCACACAGGUGAGAAGCCGUUUGCAUGCAAAACAUGUGGGAGAGCUUUCAGAGAUAGUACUCACUUGACACGCCACAUGAGAACCCACACAGGUGAGAAGCCAUAUUCUUGUAAAACAUGCAAUAAGAAAUUCCAGCGUAAUGAUAAAUUGAAAGUCCACAUGAGAACACACAUGGGGGAAAAGCUGCAUCACUGCAGCACAGAGGGUCCAGAGAUUAAAGAGUAACAGGAGGAACUAAAAGGAGUGUGACACUUGACUUCAGGGUUACACUCUGUAAUAAGUGUUGGAUCAUACACUAUUUCUACACACUACCUCAGCAAUGAGGUCACUGAGGUUAUUUCUUCGUUAGAGGAAGAUUGUCAGUCUGUUUUGGGUUAUUGGAUUGCAAUGGGAUAGUGCUUGAUGACCUGAACGUACAGGUGUAAAUGCAGCUGUGAUAGAGGACAUGGCUGGUGGGAUGCUGGGCUUCAGAAGCUCGUGUGUAAUGCAUACUGGUACAUGCAGGCAGUCCCUGCACGGCUCCGCGAGCAGGAGAACUCAGCUUUAGGAUUCAGGGGGAUCUAUUGGCAGAAAUGGAAUAUAGUAUUCAUAACUGUUUUCUUUCGUCUAUAAUCACCUGAAACUAAGAAUCGUUGUGUUUUCAUUAAAUUAGAAUGAGCCCUUCAUAUCUACAUGAGGAGUGUGUCCUCUUCCACUGAGACCACCAUGUUGUCUCUUUAGUAUCUGAUGGGAAAAUUCAGAAACUAAGUGAUUAACACAGCAAAAGACAGGAGGUGAAACUGAGUGCUAAACACAGCAGGGGACAGGAGACAAACUGCUGAUGAACUGUAGAUUAAUCAAAGCAGUUGAUUGAUCAGCACAUCUGUUAUUUACUAUAAACAAGUAAUAAACCAAGGACAACCUGAUCUGAAUAGGUUCGUACCUUUGAUCUCUGCAAAUCGGAAUCAGUAAACCCCCAUCUGGGGUGAAAAAAGGAAAACUGACCUGGAAGCUCUUCAUGACUUCCUGUUCUUUGAAUGAAGUAUAAAUAUGGAGGCGGUGACAGUUGCUUCUCUGAGCAAACACAUGUUGUAACUGACGAUGAUGAACAAACUGUUAACCAAGAUGAAUGUUACUGCAUUGUAUGCAACUUUUUUUAAUUGAACAAUGAUGACACUGAGCAUGGAUGAUUGUAGCAACACUGUUAAUAUAAUUUGUUAUGCUGCUGCACAUUGUUUGAAGACUGACUGUGACAGAACAUAUUGCUUGAAAGGCCAGAAGAUAUAGAAGCUUAAGGAGAACGUAUUCAUAUCACACAUGUUUGUUACCAAGGUAGAAUGGUGCAUCACAUUUUACGGUUUGUAAAUAAUGAAUGUGUGUAUACAUUGUCUUGAAGAGAUGCUGUCAAGUAAUU